AUGAGAACCCUUGAAGCUGUUGCUAAGGCUGUAGCAGAACCUGGUACAGCUGAUGGGUCCUCGUCACCGAUGGUGGCUGCGACCCAAUCCAAGCAAGCAUCCCCGGGCUACCAUGGACCACGGGGCGAGACCGGAGGAGGCUGCGUACUGCGUAAGUCACUUCCUUGGGACCGAGAGGCUGACCACCCAUUCGCCGCUUCUCUCGUCGCAAUUCCCCUGGCCUGGUGCUACAUCCUGAUCGAGAUUCGUGUACCGCCAGGCUGCAUUGAAAAGGCUGCAUUGGAGGCUGCAACUUGUUUACUUCGCUUCGCCUUGUGGUAG